UUUACUACGGCAAGCCGGAGGAGGAAAUCUCUCGCAUAAUUAGUUUGACACAAAUCAGCGUGUACUGCUGUAGCGUUAGUGAAACAAGUCGAAAAAGUUUUUUGUACAAGUGUUAGUUUGUCGUAGGUAAAUAAUGUUAGGGUUUUUUCGUCGUGAACUUUAGAAGGAGCCUCAAGAAAGUCAUUCAUAGCAUCUUCAACGACCAGAAAGACAGAAAAGUUAGCUAUGCAACUUAGCCGCUAAAGCUAAAAACUGUCGCUAGCCGCAUUUGUAAAGGUAGCUAGCAUACUUCACUUUCUUUUGCUUUUUAGCGCAAAAUGGAAGCUGCGUUGUAUUUCCUAACGGCAGAGUUACACGUGAACUAGCAGUUAACAAUGCAUGACCAUGGUAGUCUUGAGAGAAGGGAUGUGUCCUGGACUGGAUGAGGAUUUAGUGCGUGAUCUGCGUGCUGCGGAUAUUAAAACAGUGGAGAACCUGGUCUCAUCUGACAUUGAGGAAGUUGCUCAGAAAUGCUCUGUGUCAUAUAAGGCUCUGUUUGCCAUCCGUCGAGUGCUGCUGGCCCAGCACACAGCAUUCCCCGUGUCAGGCGCUGAUCUGUAUGAAGAACUAUUGAGCUCAACAGCCAUCCUCUCCACUGGAAAUCCCAGCUUAGAUAAAGUGCUGGAUUCAGGCUUGUAUACUGGAGAGAUAACAGAGCUGUCAGGAGGCCCAGGAAGCGGCAAAUCUCAGGUGUGUUUUGGUGUCGCAGUGCACAUUUCUUACCAACUGAAACAGAGUGUAAUAUUUAUCGAUACGACAGGAGGGCUGACUGCCAGCCGCUUGCUUCAGAUGCUACAAGCUGAAACAAGUAACACAGAAGAGCAGAUGGAGGCUCUUCAGAGGAUCCAUAUCUUUCGUUUGUUUGACGUCUUCUCUUUACUUGACUGUCUGUACAGUCUUCACAGUGGCAGGCUUCAGGCGUCUGUUGGCGGUGGCUCUGUCAAGGCAGUGAUCGUGGACUCGGUGUCAGCUGUUAUCUCUCCUCUACUGGGAGGCAAACAAAAUGAAGGCAUGUCCUUGAUGAUACAAGUAGCAGGAGUUCUUAAGACGAUGGCAAAGGACUUCAAUGUUGCUGCUUUGGUAACAAACCAUGUUACGAGAAGUGGUAACGGGGAGGUGCAGCCGGGCCUUGGUGUGUCGUGGAGUCACAUCCCCAGAACCAGGAUCCUGCUGGAGCGAGUAGAGAAGGCAGUGGCCGUCAGCCCCUCCAGUCUGCGCUCUGCAACACUGAUCAAGUCUUCUAGACAGCCUUGUCACAUCAAAGAAGAGUUUGACUUGCAGUGGUGGAGUCGCUCUAAAGAAGGAUCGUCAGGAAAGAGAAAACUGGAUGAGACUGAUUCCUGAUGAGAGCAAACUAUAAUCCACUGCCUAAAUGUCUGAUCAAAGGGAGGGACGACACGCCUCUUGCGGAUACAUUCCCAGAUCCAGCUGGGUGACACUCUCUGGGCCUGGCUGUCCUCUUCAGGUUCAGCCAGCGUAUGUGUGGCUGAGGCGGCAUCAUAGUCCAGUACGAGGUCUCCGUC